AUGAAGAAAACUUUUCAGCUGACAAUUUUCUCUCUGGUUUUGUGUUGUAUACUUGGAGAGAUUUCUGCACAGAAAGAAGCAGAGUCUCUUAGAACCUGGAUAUACAGUUUGAACUCUCCCUUGUCACCUUCAUGGAACAAGAGCAAUAAUCCAUGCAAAUGGACUGGCAUUACUUGUAACAAAGAAGGAAGUGUUGUUGAGAUAAAGCUUCCCAAUGCAGGCUUAGAUGGAACACUUAACAGGUUUGACUUCUCAGCCUUUUCUAACCUCACCAACUUCAAUGUAAGUUUGAAUAACCUGGUUGGAGAGAUACCAUCUGGAAUUGGAAAUGCAACAAAGCUGAAAAUACUUGAUUUGAGUAGCAACAAUUUCACCUUUCCAAUCCCCUCAGAAAUAGGAAACCUCCAACAGCUUCAAGUUCUUAGUCUCGAUAAUAAUUCCCUCUUAAAUCAAAUACCAGUUCAACUGAGCAAUUUGCAGAAUCUAUGGUUCCUUGAUCUAGGGGCUAAUUAUUUGGAGAAUCCUGACCCAGUUCAGUUUAAGGGCAUGGCAUCCUUAACUGAACUCAAUCUCAAUUUUAACUAUCUCACAGAGGUUCCCCCAUUUGUGUCUAAAUGUCCUAAGCUUGUGUCUCUUGAUUUAUCACUCAACAACAUCACUGGGCAGAUUCCAGUACACUUACUAGCAAGUCUCAGGAAUUUGAAAAUCCUAGACAUGAAAGCAAACAACUUAGAAGGGCUAAUUCCAGCAGAAAUUAAGAACCUUUCAAACAUCAAGCACCUUAAGCUUGGACAAAACAAGCUUAAUGGUACUAUACCAAAGGAGAUUGGUCUCUUGUCAAACCUUGAGGUGCUUGAAUUGAAUCAAAAUGUCUUCCAAGGUCCAAUACCAUCAUCAAUUGGUAAUCUCCGAAAGCUUCGGAGAUUGGAUCUUCACAAGUCAGGACUAAAUUCCAGUAUCCCAGCUGAGAUAGGCUUCUGCACCAACCUUACUUAUCUUGAUAUGUCAGGAAAUAGCUUCACAGGUUCCUUGCCUAAUUCCAUGGCUUCAUUAACAAGGAUUAGAGAGUUGGCAAUAUCUUUUAACCAUUUAUCUGGAGAACUUCAUCCAUCUCUUCUUUCCAGUUGGCCAGAACUCAUUUCUUUGCAACUCCAGUUGAAUGAACUAUCAGGAAGACUUCCACCUGAGAUUGGUUCACUUCACAAUAUAACUAUCUUGCUCCUUUUUUCCAACCAGUUUUCUGGCCAGAUACCUUCAGAAAUUGGAAACUUAUCGAGCUUACAAUAUCUUGAUCUGUCCUACAACUCUUAUAAGGGUUCAAUCCCACCGACCAUUGGAAAGUUACACAAUCUCAUAAACUUAAAUCUGGCCUCAAACCAACUAAGUGGAGCCUUUCCUCCUGAAAUAUGUGAUUUGGAAAGCUUACAGGCACUGGACUUGAGUGGAAACAAGCUUGCAGGACCUUUGCCUUCAUCAAUAAUCCGUUUGAAAAAUAUCAAUCUACUUUAUCUUCAUGCCAACAAUUUCUCAGGAACUAUUCCUGAAGAUUUUGGACCUGCCUUUUUAAGCAAUGUUAGUUUUGCCAACAAUAGCUUCUCCGGAAAGCUCCCGCCAGGAAUAUGCAGUGGCGGAAAUCUUAUCUACUUGGCAGCCAGUAUGAAUAAUCUAACAGGUCCAAUCCCAGAAAGUCUGAGAAACUGCACCGGACUAAUCAGAGUGGUGCUUGGAAACAAUCUUCUCAGUGGAGACAUUACUGAUGCAUUUGGUAUAUAUCCACACCUGGACUUCAUUGAUUUAGCACACAACCAUCUCUAUGGUUUGUUAUCAAGUAACUGGGGAGAGUGCAAAACUCUCUCAAGUUUCAGCAUAGCUUCCAAUAAGCUACAGGGAAACAUUCCUCCAAAGCUUGGAAAAUUGCUAAGGAUGCAAAAUCUUGACCUGUCCGAAAACAAUCUCACAGGAAGUAUCCCAGAGAAGCUUUUUAGUUCAUCUUCUAAACUACUCAAGCUAAAUUUGAGAAAAAAUGAUCUCUGGGGUCAGAUACCAACAGAGAUAGGAGAACUGUCACAACUGCAGCAUCUGGAUUUAUCAGCAAACAAUCUGAGUGGUCCAAUUCCAAAAGAACUAGGAAACUGCCAGAAACUUAUAUUCUUGAAACUAAGUAUGAACAACUUAGAUGGACACAUGCCACAUGAGCUUGGGAAUUUGGUGAACUUGCAGCCACUGUUAGAUCUCAGUCAUAACUCACUAACCGGUCAGAUAAUCACACAGCUGGAAAAUUUGAUAUCACUGGAGGUUCUGAAUCUUUCUCAUAAUCAGUUUUCUGGGACAAUACCUUCUGGUCUCAAAGGACUAAUCAGCCUUCAGUCAAUUGAUAUAUCCUACAACAAACUUGAAGGUCUCCUCCCAGACCAAGAAGCUUUUCAUAAUGCUCCAGCAGAAGCACUGGUUGGCAAUGCAGGUCUAUGUGCUGGUCCUGAUGGCAAUGCAAAUCUGAACCCAUGUGGUGGAGGAAAAACCAAUAAAGAUGAUAAACAUAAGCUAAUAAUUGUUGUAGUCAUUCCACUUGCUGCCUUAAUCAUUCUAUUGGUUUCCCUUCGAGUCUUCGUUUUUCGGCAUCAUCAUAGAGUUGAUCAAGAUGAAAAGGACAAGAGUUCAAACACAAAGGACUUAUUCUUUAUAUGGAACUACAAGAAUACAAUAGAGUUCAAGGAUAUAUGUGCUGCAGCUGAGAAUUUCAGUGAUGAGUAUUGCAUAGGGAUAGGAGGACAGGGCAGUGUCUACAAGGCAAUGCUUCCAACAGGUGAGACUUUUGCGGUGAAACGUCUUCACCAACAUGAAGAAAUGGACUUACCUGCAUACCAAACAAAGAAUUUCAGGUCUGAAAUUCUUGCAAUGACUAACAUUCGUCAUCGAAAUAUUGUAAAACUGUGUGGCUUUAGUUACUUGCAUGGAUCCAUGUUUUUCAUAUAUGAGUACGUAGAAAGAGGCUCUUUGGCAAAGGUGUUGCAGAAGGAUCAGGAGGCAAAGACCUUGACCUGGGACAUAAGGUUAAACAUGAUAAAAGGGUUGGCAAAUGCAUUGUCUUACCUGCAUCAUGACUGCAUACCCAUAAUUGUUCACCGUGACAUUUCAGGAAACAAUAUUCUGUUGGACUCGGAAUAUGAGCCUAAGAUAUCUGACUUUGGUACAGCGAGGUUGCUUAAAACUGGAGAAUCAAAUUGGACAGCACCAGCUGGUUCAUGUGGCUACAUGGCACCAGAGCUUGCAUUGUCAAUGAAGGUGACAGAAAAAUGUGAUGUUUACAGUUUUGGGAUUGUUGCAUUAGAAAUUCUGGUAGGGAGGUACCCUCAUGAGCUCCUUUUGUGUCUAGAGUCUGGGGAAUUUAAUCAAAACUUUUUAGAUUUCCUAGAUAAGAGGCUGACUCCUCCUGAAGGUACUGCAGCUCAACUCCUAAUGUUUGUAGCAAGCCUGAUGCUGAAAUGUAUUGAUAAGAAUCCUUUGUGUCGACCCACCAUGCAUCAUGUGUCCCAAGGGUUGCUCACACUCCCUGUCCCUAGCUUUCAACAUGACCACACUGCACAAUCAUCUACCCAACAAAUAGACUGUGAGAUUGAGAUGUCAACUACACUUUAGCUUACAAUGUUUGUACUUUGUAGAUGUUAUAGCUCUUGUAGACA